AUGAUCAGCGCCCCUGACGUGGUGGCCUUCACCAAAGAGGACGAGUAUGAAGAAGAGCCUUACAAUGAGCCAGCCCUACCCGAGGAGUAUUCGGUGCCACUCUUCCCCUUUGCCAGCCAGGGAACCAACCCAUGGUCCAAACUGUCUGGAGCCAAGUUUUUGCGGGACUUCAUUCUUAUUUCUGAGUUUUCUGAGCAGGUAGGACCCCAACCUUUGCUGACCAUCCCUAAUGACACGAAAGUUUUUGGAACUUUUGAUCUCAAUUAUUUCUCUUUGCGGAUCAUGUCUGUGGAUUACCAGGCCUCUUUCGUGGGCCAUCCACCUGGUUCUGCCUAUCCCAAGCUGAACUUCGUGGAGGACUCCAAGGUGGUGUUGGGUGACUCCAAGGAGGGAGCCUUUGCUUAUGUGCACCACCUUACCUUGUAUGACCUGGAGGCACGUGGUUUUGUGAGGCCCUUCUGCAUGGCUUAUAUCUCUGCAGAUGAGCAUAAAAUCAUGCAACAGUUUCAGGAGCUUUCAGCUGAAUUUUCCAAAGCUUCUAAAUACUUGAAGACAGGUAAUAGGAAGGCUUUUGCUGGGGAGCUUGAAAAAAAGUUGAAAGACUUGGAUUAUACCAGGACAGUACUGCAUACAGAAACAGAGCUCCAAAAAAAAGCUAAUGACAAAGGAUUUUACUCAUCUCAGGCAAUUGAGAAAGCCAAUGAGCUAGCAAGUGUGGAGAAGUCCAUCAUUGAGCAUCAAGAUCUGCUGAAGCAGAUUCGCUCAUACCCGUGUCAGAAGUUAAAGGGGUCUGAUUUGAGUGCUCAUGAGGCUGAGCACACUGAGGAUCAAGCUGGCCAGGCUUCCUCUACCUCUGAUCCAGAAGUUUAUCCUGGCAGACCCACCUACAUCCCCAAACUCAUCAAAGCAAAGUCCACCAAGUGUUUUGAUAAGAAGCUGAAGACCUUGGAGGAGCUUUGUGACACUGAAUAUUUUGCCCAGACAUUGGCUCAACUCAGCCACAUUGAGCACAUGUUCAGAGGAGACCUAUGUUACCUCUUGACCAGCCAGAUUGACAGAGCCCUUCUAAAGCAACAACAUGUAACUGACUUCCUCUUUAAAGACUUUCUGGAGGUUGUUGACAGGGUAGAGAAACAAGAUAGCACACCUCUUGAGCCCAGUCAAUAUAGGCCACCUUCCAGAUCUCUGGAAGAAUGUCUGAUUCCGAAAGUGUUAAUUAGUGUUGGUUCUUACAAGUCCAGUGUGGAGUCUGUGCUGAUCAAGAUGGAGCAGGAACUUGGAAAUGAGGAAUACAAGGGAGUAGAGGUGACAGAAGGGAGCAGUUUUGACCCCCAGGAGCACUUGGACUACCUGGAUAUGGACAUGAAAGGGAGUAUCAGCAGUGGUGAAAGCAUUGAGGUUCUAGGAACAGAGAAGUCUACCUCUGUCUUGCUUAAGUCCAAUAGCCAGGCCAGCCUCAUUGUACCACUGAGCCCCCAGGUAGUACGGAGCAAGGCAGUGAGUCACAGGACCAUCAGUGAGGACAGUAUUGAAGUCCUCAGCACCUGCCCCUCUGAGGCUCUCAUCCCUGAUGACUUUAAGGCCAGUUACCCAAGUGCCAUUAAUGAAGAGGAUGCUUAUGUAGAUGACAAUGAAGGAGCCAUCCACUUCCAGGCAAGCACCAACCCCCCAGAUCUAGGGGAGGCAGGAAAGGGCAGCUUGGAAAACACUCCAUCACAUACUGACUCAGCUUGCUGUAUUGGGAAGGAGAGCAACAGUCUUCUAGUGCCACUUCUCACUCCUGCCCACAAGCCGCCUGACAGUGAAGAAGUGGUAAGCAUCCCUCCACAAAGCUAUAGGCAGAAGGACCAAGGCUUCAGUGCAGAUUUUACAGUGGAAAACGACUAUCCUCGAGACAACAGUUUGGAAAGUUUUCACCCUUAUGCACUGGACCCCAGCUUCUUGUUUGUGAGCCGAGAUGUCAGUAAGACCAGCCUGGACAACUAUUCAGACUCUACCAGCUACCUGAGCAGCAUGGACUCCACCAGUUCAUAUAGGACUUCCUUCUCUAUCCAUCCCACUGGAUCCUCUUCUGAGAGGCAUAAAAAGAGGGCUGGCCAGAAUGCCUUAAAAUUUAUCCGCCAGUACCCCUUUGCUCAUCCAGCUAUCUAUUCCCUGCUCAGUGGAAGGACACUUGUAGUCCUGGGAGAGGAUGAGACCAUUGUAAGGAAACUUGUGACAGCACUGUCCAUCUUUGUUCCCAGCCAUGGCCGCUAUGGCAAGCCUGUGAAGCACUGGGUCUCCUCUCCUUUGCACAUUACGGAUUUUCAGAAGUGGAAGCUUAUUGGCCUGCAGAGAGUGGCCUCCCCUGCUAGUGCUGGCACCCUCCAGGCCCUGAGUCGCUACAGCCGCUACACAAGCAUCCUGGAUCUGGACAACAAGACCCUGCGCUGCCCCAUGUAUAGAGGCACCCUCGUACCCCGGCUAGCCGACCAUCGCACCCAAAUCAAGAGGGGCAGCACCUACUACAUGCAUGUCCAGAGUAUGCUCACCCAGCUCUGUUCAAAAGCUUUCCUCUACACCUUCUGCCAUCACCUGCAUCUGCCUGCUCAUGACCAGGAGACACAGGAACUGGUGGCCAAUUGCCAAUUGAGCUUCCUGAGGCUGAACCUAGGUCAAGUAAAGGAGAAUGUCAAGGUGGUCCAACACUUAGCUGAGUUGCUGAAGCUGCAGUACAUAUAGGGGUCUCCUGGGACUAGCCACCCCAUGCUCAGGUUUGACUAG